AUGAAUAAUUCCACGCCAAAAAUUAACGGGACAUGGUUAUACGCAGCGUACCAAUACGAGUACACGGCAUACCUGACCUUGACCCUGAUUAUCGCCAUCUCGGGAUGCCUUUUAUCCGGGACAUUCUUAGCUGUUCUCUUACGGCGCAAGUCGUUAUUCUCCAGUUCGCGCUAUCUGAUUAUCAGUCAAACCAUAGCGGAGAUGCUGCUUAACGGAUUUUUUCUACCAUCGGCCAGUAUCGGUGCCUACGCAGCGGAGAUCGAUGGAAGCGGAGAAAGCGUCUUUUUCAACACCACCUUCUGUGUCCACCACACCUUCUUCUUCGUUGUCACGGUGGCCGUCAGCAUGUGGGGAUUAUUCGCUCUGGCAUUGAAUCGUUUUUGUGCUAUUAACAUCGUCCAACCGCAUCUCUACCAACGCUUUACAUCACCAGCUGUGCAAUGCGUUCAGAUCAUUUUGAUAUGUACGCUGAGCGUUAUCAUUAACCUGUAUAACUACAUGCCCAAUGCGGUUGCGACUGCAGUAAAGCCACUGCGACAAUGCUACAGCCGACCCAGCCAGUGGUACGCAGUGCGACAGGUCAUCGGGACGUAUUUGCCAUUGGCCUUAACGGCUGCUUUAUACAUCCUCAUUGCACUGAAACUCCUGCUGGAGAAGCGCUGGCAAAAUCACCGGCAAGUUAAAACGACCACACCGCAGUCUAACAAGCCAUCGCAUGCAGACGCUCGCCGGAUUAAUUUAGCGAAAAUAUUGUGCAUUACUGCCACUGUUCACAGUGUAACGUUUCUGCUGUAUCCGCUGGCCCGGAGUUUCCAGGGAGGCGAGGUGCUCGACCCGGUGACUCCCUUGUGGUUUCGGAGCGUGUUCAACUUGGGUCUCUUAUCAUCACCGAUCAGCUUCUUCAUCAUGAGUCGAGAUUGCCAGCAGGAUGUUAUUCGGCUGUUCCGGUGUAAGAAGAUUGCCGAGGGCGAUUACAGUGGAAGUCACACACAUUCCGACCACCAUUCACAGCCGGGUGUCAACAAGCGGCAGACGCCUGCUUCCAGCCAACAAACUAAGCACAAAGCCAAUCAGCCUGCAGUUUAG